AUCGAAAGUCGAAAGACCCAAAUCCUUAGCUCGAGCCAUGGAAAAUAAAGUUGUCUUUACUUUGCUGCUGCUGUGCGGCAUGCAACAGGCUUGGUCACUGCCCAGCGAAUUCGCGGACACUGCAGCAACAGAGUUAGUAACUGAGGUAACCGAUUUGACCACGCCCAUGCCCGCCUUUAGCUGUGCCGCACGCCCGGGUAUCACAGUGGAGUUAGACAAAUUAGCGGGCGAUUGGUUUGAAGUUGCGCGUGUGCCGAAUGUGGAGCAGACGCAGUGCUUGAAGUAUGUGGUGCCCAAGGAGCUGAAGGAUAACAAGCUCGAGAUUCAAAUGCAUUUCAUCAGCACCGUCAACGACAAAUGGGAUCCCGCACACGAGACUGUCUCGUUCCCCUGGAGCGACACUGGCAUCUUCACCGGCGAGGUGCAGGGUACUCCAGUUAAAUAUAUGAUUGCCGACACGGAUCACAGCACCUAUGCGCUGAUCUGUGGUGAACUUGGCAGCGCCGGCAGAGUUCAGCAGGUCGUCAAGCUAUGGACUCGCGAUCGCCUGCUCACUGAUCAGCAGAUCGAGCUCAUCAAGAAUCGCUACAACACUGUGGGCAAUGCCGAGGAUCUCUUCUGGCUGGAGCAGCGCGACGCCAAGUGCAGCGGCUUCAUGUGCUCGGCGGGCAGCGCAGUCAUCGCCCUCUGCUCGGCGCUGCUGCUGGCGCUGCGCAGUGCGUAGAGCUAAUUAGUCUCAUUAUAAAAUAUGUAGAAAUACAAAUUUAAAUACUUGACAAAUUGUA